CUCCCAUCCCCUCCCAUGCCUUGGUCCGCCCUGUGGGGAUCGUCUUGCUGCAGGUAACCUCCUUCCCAGGUAGACAGGUAUUGCUUGGCGCACGUGCGCUUUUACCUGACAGGUACUUAAUGCCGAGGCAAGACUUGGGUGAGUUUCGUCGAGUGCCGCGGUCUCCCCCCGCACACGCUUCGUUUCCGCAGACUGGGAAGACUGUUCCCCUCGUCGACAUCAUCGUCGGCGCAACGGUCUGCUGAGGAGAGAAGCGAACGGGAUUGUCCACCCCUCGCCCCCACCUCCGGGGUCAUUCGGCAGAAAUUCCUCCUGCAGGUGGAGGACAUCGUUAACACAGUGGCAAAUGGAUAAGCGGCAAGAGCAAACAGCUGUCUAUCUCACCUCCACAGACUGUCAGGCGAUAUAUCGGCACUGAAACUGCCAAUCGCGGAGACAAGUGUGUACCUUUUAUUAACACCGUUUGUUUUUCUCCAGCUUUCCUUCACUCAGCGCUCAGCGAUCUCGGAACUGUUGGUUGUGUCGUCUGUCCGCUUUGCCAGGAGUCAACGAGUCUCUUGCAUCAUCUUUAUUGCACGUGCCUGGCCCUGCUGCAUGUGCAUCUGGAAAUAUCUGAAAUCUGUGUUUACCAAACCGACUCCCAGGGCGCAACUUCAUUUUGGGGAGAUAAAUUAUGUUCCGAUUUUAUUACUCACUAGGAAAAAUAUUUCAUUGCUGCCAAAUGGAAGCUGUUUAUUCAGCCACCCCCUGAUGCUCUCGAGCGGAGGAAUUUACUGAGGGAUUUUGUAUAUCGGCUGAAGUGCUUGGCGUUCGCUUCUCCUGGAACGCAACAGAACUGUGUUACUGUCUUGGUUUUUGCUGGACGUCUUUCGCUGGAUCCCGGAAGUUUGAUAGGAGCAGGAGGAGUCCACCACAGUUCACACACACACACAAGUGAUAGAAGAAGACGGACAGACAUUUUACACAGAUUGGCGAUCUCACGUGACAACGAGAGGACGUCAGAGCACGUAGACGACGUCUUCAGGAGGACCGGCCACACGCCAGGCGCCGUGAGUUCCAGCUGUCACGUGCGAGAGCCGUGAACUACGUGACCUUGUGACCCUAGGAGAUGAGCUCUCUGACUGUCAACAGCCCCGGGGGAGGGAGCGACGGUCAGGCCGGUACGGGAUCCGGCUCCACCCUCAAGCCCUACCUCCGGCGCAAAAAGUCGUCGCUAGGGGAGACGAAGGUGGCGGUGCUGGGCAUGAGCGGUGUCGGCAAGAGCGCUCUUGCAGUCCGCUUCCUGACCAAGAGAUUUAUUGGCGAGUACGAUCAAUCAGCAGAUAACAAGUACAAGUGUACAACAACUAUUGAAGGCGAAUCCGUCACCUUUGAACUGCUGGACACACGAUCAACAAACGAGGAUCACGGGGCGCACGAGGACGUGCUGCGGUGGGCGGACGGCUUCAUGUUGGUGUACUCGGUGACCAGCCGCCACAGCUUCCAGGUGCUGGCCGACCUCAAGCGGCGGGUGGAGGAGGCCAAGAAGACGUCGCACGUGCCGGUCAUCGUGGUGGGCAACAAGGCUGACCUGGCGCACUACCGCGAGGUCACGCAGGACGAGGGGGCGCGUCUCGCCGUGGACCUGGGCUGCUCCUUUCUGGAGGUGUCGGCGUCGGAGGACGUGGUGCGGGUGACGGACGCCUUCCACACCCUGUGUCGCGAGAUCAUCGACUUCAAGCGGCGCUCAAGAACAUUUCUCGACCGUGUCUUCGGCCUCAAGAAGUCCUGAUCGCGCGGGCAGACCUGCGCACGUUGGAUGACACGAGCUUCGCCAGCUUCUCCCAGCAUUUGCCACCUUCUGAAGGAAGACCAUCUCAACGGCUGACGACAGGUGUCCACCAUGCCCAGCUAGGAAAUGUUGGCUUGACACUGAGAAACACACAGUGGUGUGGCCUUAGCUGCUGACACGGCGUAAAACAAACAAACAGUGCGGCUGAGGACACAUUGGAUGCUAGUUACUUCCCGUUAGACAAAUUCUCUAUAAAUCUCCUGUCAUACAGGAUGGAAGUAUAUGGAGGAGGGCAGAGCACAAAGUAACGUCAAAGCAAAACAAACAAACAAACAAACAAACAAACAAACAAACAAACAAAAACAGCCAAAAGAUGACAAUACAGAGUAGAUCGCACUGCACUUUCAGUGAAUGUUAUUUUUUUUUAGGUUUGUUGAGCAAAUGCAAGGCAGGAAAGUAGUCUUUCAUGGAAGUGUCCUGAUGUAAAUAUGUGUAUAUUUAUUUGUGUGGAUGCGUAUACGUCGAUAUGUACGGCUGUGAGUAUAAUUCAGUGUACAUAUUCUACUUAUUCUCGUGACUUUGUUCCGAUGGAUUGAUUUUUCUUAGAAUUUUGCUAAAGCAAAACAAAUUGAGGUCUUGAAUCUCAACGCCCCCUUUUUAUUUUGUUUGAAUGCCAUGUUAUUGUGUGGAAAGGUGUACAUUUUGUUGUAUACAUGUAGGGGAAAGGAUCUGGUGAGCGCUGUUCAUUUGACUGUCUCCUUAUUAUUCUCAAUCUGUAAUUAUGUCCUCUAAGUUAUUUUGUGGUGAAUGAUGUAUAGAAACAAUUCGUGUUUUAAAGAUUGUGUGUACAAUCAGAUCGCACUAAUGGAUUCAUCUGAUACAUCACAUGCCAGUUUAUUGUAACUUCAUUAAAGCAAAAUUUCCAUCAGUUUUA